AUGCCCUCCCCGCCCCGGCUCGUGACGCUCCUAGCCUACCUGCGCUUCCCAGGCUUGCCAGGCCUUGUCCAGAAUGGGCCUUUUUCCCCCACGUCGACAACAUUGGCGAAGGCAUCGUGGGGCAGCAACAGUCCGGGUAAUCUCAGGAUGACGGCUUUGGGCGGAUAA